UGGUAAGCAAUAGAGUUGCCGGCUGUAGAAUUGACAUGACGCUGUCUGGAAGGGCGUAUGUCAUAAUAAGUUGAUGUGAUUUAGAAGUUACAAAGUUUUUUAUGACAUUUAUUAGUUGAUUUAAAUUAUAUGUCGCGAAAUGAAUGAAUGUGUGUACUAAAAGUGUUCUAAAAUAAAACAUAUUGCAACUUACUUGACUAAAAAAUUUCUAAUCUAUGUGUCCAUUAUUGAAUGCAUAAAUAUUUCUUUGUUUACGUUGAUUAAGCACUAAUUAUUGAUUGAAAAACGUUUAAAUAAUUAUGGCGUGGCGUUUUAAAGCAUCUAAAUAUAAAAAUGCGGCACCAAUUGUGCCCAAGCCAGAGGCCUGUGUACGUGAUAUAUGCGUUGGUUCCUAUCAGACGUAUGGCAAUAACAUCACUGCAUCAGCGGCAUUCAUGGCAUUUAACUGGGAUCAUACCGGUUCUAGUUUAGCUGUUUUGCCUAUUGAUGAUUGUGGUAGAAAAAGUAAAACAAUGCCUUUGCUGCAUGCUCAUUCUGAUACGGUCACCGAUUUGGAGUUUUCACCAUUUCACGAUGGAUUGUUAGCAACGGGUUCACAAGAUUGUUUAGUUAAAAUUUGGCACAUUCCAGAAAAAGGCCUUGACGAACCUAUGACAAAUGCUGAAUGUACUUUUUCUCAUAAACAGCGACGUGUUGAAACCGUUGGAUUUCACCCGACUGCUGAUUUUUUGCUGUAUUCUACAUCGUUUACAACAUUAACAUUGUGGGAUAUUAUUUCUCAAAAUGAAUUGUUCUCUAAUUCCGAUCAUUCUGAAGUAAUUCAAUCCGUAAGCUGGAAGCGUGAUGGAACUCUUUUGGUAACUUCUUGUAAAGAUAAACAGUUACGUAUUAUUGACCCUCGAGUAGAAAAUGUUUGUAUCAAGUCAUGUAACAGCCAUCAAAGUAUCAAAGAUUCUAGAGUUGUGUGGCUUGGUGAUCAUAAUAAAGUUCUCAGCACAGGCUUUGAUUCGGCACGUUUACGGCAAGUAAUUAUACGUGAUUUGAGAAAUUUCAACGAUCCAGAAAAAACUCUGGAACUAGAUUGUUCAACUGGAAUUUUAAUUCCAUUGUACGAUGCUGAUACGGGAAUGUUAUUCUUGGCAGGCAAAGGUGAUACUACAAUUGGAUACAUGGAAGUUACUGACCGCGAACCUUACUUAAUUGAAGGUAUACGCCAUUCCGGAGAACAAACAAAAGGUGCAUGUUUGGUUCCAAAACGUGCUUUGAAUGUGAUGCAAGGAGAAGUGAAUCGAUUACUCCAAUUAACUAGUUCUUCAGUAAUUCCGAUAAUGUAUCAAGUACCUAGAAAAUCUUAUCGUGAUUUCCAUUCAGAUUUGUAUCCUGAUACACCAGGAUAUAUUACAGAAUUAACUGCUUCACACUGGAUGCAAGGCAAAAAUAUUCCUCUGAAUAAAAUAAGUUUGGAUCCUGCUAAACGUUCAGCUGGUGAAGAACCUAUUAAGGUACAUAGAGGUCCUCUAUCGGAAUUAAAAACAAUCAACGAUCAAAUGAAUAUAAAAAUAUCAACAAAUAAUAAAUUGAACAAUAAUUCAGUAAAUAAACAAGAUAACAUUUAUCAUCAUAUAUCGGUUAAACCAAAAAUUGAUUCUAUGACAACAAAUGAGGAUAAUAUUGAACAAUCAUCAAAUAAUAUAAAAGAGGAACAAAAUGGCAGCGGUGGAGAUCCAAUAAUUACACCAAUUGUACCCCCAAAACCAUUACCCCGACGUACUGGUAGUAUAUCUGAAGGUUGUGAUGACAUAGGAUUACCAAGACCUAUUGCACGCCCACGUACUACAGCCACUCCAUUAGUAACCUCCGUCAACCCUUCGAAUUAUAAGCCAAGACUUGGACCUAAACCGUUUACACCACCUAAAUUUAAUGAUGAAGAAUCCUUCGAUAAAGUGUUUUCUGUACCUACAGCACCUAGCAAUGAUUCGAAUGGUGUUCAUGAAGUAACUGCUGAUUCAAUAUUACGUACUCCAUCAGUAACCGAUAUGAAAUCAAUUAAAGAAACGACACCAACUGGUGAUCAAGAGCCUCCUUCAUCACUGACUAAAGUUAGUGGUGAAAACGAUUGCAAUAAUGGUAAAUCUGAUAGUUCUAGUCUAGAUGAAGAAUUAAAUAAUAGUGAUGGUUAUAAACCAAAAACUCCAAGUACAGCUGAACGUAGAAAAAUGUUUGAGACACGUAUCAACUCAAAAGAAAAUAAUAAUGACGCGCAAAAUGCAGAAAUUGAUAAUUUUGAUGGGAAUGACGACAGUAAUUUUGAGCGUGCUUCAUUACAACGAAGUAGUAUUGCUGAACGUCGUCGUUUGUAUGAAAAUCGUUCACAAUCUGUACAAGAAACGACUACAACACAAAAAGAAAAGUCUGGAGGGUCACCAACUCCAAUGCGGCGACGAGAUUCGUUUAAAAAUCGUAAAAUCGAAGAAGAAGAAAAGAAGACUCCACCGGUUAUUCAACGUCAACAGUCUCAUGAUGUGCCAUCUAAUCGUAAAGCUGAACCUGUUACACCAACUCCGAAACGUACUUCAACAGUGUUCGGUCGAGUUUCUAAAUUCCGACAUUUAAAAGGGACACCUGCGCAUAAAUCUUUACAUAUUGAAAAUAUACGGAAUUUAAGUCGACAAAUUCCAGGGGAAUGUGAUGGAUUUCAAGCGAAUCCUGAGCGUGUGGCAGUACCUUUAAGUGGACCCGGUGGUAAAAUUGCUGUUUUUGAAUUAAGUAAAACAGGUCGACUUCCCGAUGGUGUUAUUCCAGCAUUGGUUCAUGGAACAAACAUAAUGGAUUUUACAUGGGAUCCUUUUGAUAAUCAACGUCUUGCAGUUGCAUGUGACGAUGGAAUUAUACGAUUUUGGCGGAUACCUGAAGGUGGAUUAACUGAACAAACUGGUGCUUUUGAAGCAGAACUUAAUGCUCAUUCAGAUAAAAUAUAUUUUAUAAAAUUUCAUCCUUUGGCAAAAGAUGUUCUUGCCUCUGGUUCUUAUGAUAUGACAGUACGAAUAUGGGAUUUAGCAACACUAGCUGAAAAAAUUGUAUUAGAAGGGCAUACCGAACAAAUAUUCAGUUUUGCAUGGUCACCAUGUGGCAAUUUUUGUGCGACAGUCAGUAAAGAUACUAAAAUUAGAGUUUAUAAACCACGAAGUAGUGUAACACCGAUUAAAGAAGGGAAAGGACCAGUUGGAACACGAGGAGCUCGAAUUGUUUGGGCUUUAGAUGGCCGAUAUAUUGUAGUAACUGGCUUUGAUAAAGUAUCUGAACGACAAAUAAUGUCUUUUAAAGCUGAUGAUUUAUCAGCACCAUUAAAUACUGUUGGAUUAGACGUUUCUCCGGCAAUUCUUAUGGCGUAUUAUGACAAUGAUAGUUCCACAUUAUUUUUAACUGGAAAGGGUGAUUCUACAAUUUACGCAUUUGAAAUAACAGAAGAAGCUCCAUAUAUUUGCCCCUUGAGUCAUCAUAGAUGUAAUUCGCUACAUCAAGGUUUAUCAUUUCUCCCAAAAAAUGUUUGUGAUGUCGCUAGUGUUGAGUUUGCUAAAGCUUUUAGGCUUACAAAUAACACAAUAGAGCCACUGUCAUUCACAGUUCCGAGAAUAAAGUCUGACUUAUUCCAAGACGAUUUGUUUCCACCAACAAUUGUUACAUGGAAAGCUGUAUUAUCUAGUGAUGAAUGGUUUGCUGGCAAACCUUGCAAACCUGUUCGUAUUAGCCUUAGACCUGAAGGAAUGGAAUCAUUAUCGGGGGCGCAAGGUCAACCAAGUAUUCCUGAAAAGCCAUCAAUAAAAUCAUCAUCAAAUAAUUCCCAACCUGCACCUCGAUUUGGUUGGUUGGAUAAUAAAUCCAAACAAGAACAGGUAACAAAAUCAAUGAGCAGUCGUUUGGAAAUGAAUUUAAAUUUAGAACAAGAUCACAUGGAGGGUGUUGAUGAGAAAGAAUGGGAGGACUGAACGUUUUAUUAUAGUUAAAAUGGUAUAAGAAUGUUGGGAUUUUGAAAAAAAAAAACAUCUUCUCAUAAAGUUUGCUCUCUUUUCAGUGACAAUAAAAACAAUUGGUAUUAAAUAUUUUACCAAAAAAAAAUUG